UUAAUCCACCGCAUCCUGGAGCUGAACGCCGUCGUGAAGAAGCGAUUCGUCGAGUUGAACGCCGAGAAGGUCGCUACGCGCAGUUUAUGCACCAUCGCCCAGGCUGAGUCGCUGUGCUACAAGCUGAUCGGAGGUCUGGCCGUGCGUCGUGCCUGCUACGGUGUGCUGCGCUUCAUCAUGGAGUCCUGCGCCAAGGGUUACGAGGUUGUCGUGUCCGGAAAGCUGCGCGGUCAGUGUUCCAAGUCGAUGAAGUCCGUCGACGGAAUGAUGAUCCAUUCCGACAAUCCGUGCAAAGAGUACUCCGCCACGGCCACGCCGCUGCGCCAGGGAGAGCUCGGAAUCCAGGUCAAGAUUAUGCUGCCGUGGGACCCGAACGGCUACAUCGGCCCCAAGGAGCCGCUGUCGGACAACGUGGAAAUGGUGGAGCCCAAGGACGAGAUCAUGUACAACACGCCCUGCAGCGAACCCAAGAACAAGCCGUCGGCGCUGAAGUUGGGAGCCGGUCGAACCGUCGAGGUAGUUGAAUGUCCAAGAUAAUAUUAGUGUGAUGAGUUGAUACGAGUCCAAGAUCCACAAUCUGUCCCUCUCAGCUAACGAUAAAUGACAAGCUUGAGCCGGAUGGUGGCCCGAUCAGAAAAAAAAUACAAAUGUUUGCGUCAUAUAAAUAAAAUAAAUGAAAUUUUCAUCAACCAAGCACAUAACAAUGUGCAGAUCGCAAAAUUUAGUAGAAUGGAUUUUCCGAAAAAUUGUGCCGUUCUCGAGCUUUGGAAGAGUUGUUGGAAAUGGAAAGGAGCAACUUUUAGCUUGGUUGAAAAUGAGGGUGGUUACCGAUUAAAAAAAAACAUAUAUAUAUAUACAGCAAUUCCAUUUGAAAAGAGCCUAAACCGAAAAAAAAGUUCUCCGAUCGGGCUCAAAAUUUUUCUGGGGGUUCCUUGGCCAAAAUAAUUAGACCCGUAUUUUUUUGUUUGCCCAUUAGGGUGACCUACGCCAUGUUAGGGUGGUCUGAAAAAUGGCCAUUUUCGUCAUUUUUUACAAAAACCUCUUUUUAGCUGUCUUAGACGCAAAAGAAAGGUGAUGAGUUUGGCUAUUUGGGAAAAAUAGUAAGAAGUUUCAAAAAUCUAGCUUACCAUUUGAAAAAGUCGCAUGAAAACUUAAAAUGGCGUUUUGACCGUGUUUGGACCAAAGAGCCUAUGUCUGAAAAUAUUUUUAUCGGAUUCCUCCAUUAACCCAUUGAUACCCGAGCCUAAAGUUGAUGAAAAAAAUGUUUUUCAUACAAAAAUGACUUUUUCAAAUCGCUAAUAACUUUUCAGGAUCAACUUUUACAGCUUUGGUGUGUUCUACAAAGUUGUAAAGCAUUAAAUUUUCAAUAAGAAUCUCACUUUUGAGAAUAUUUGGAUGGAAGUAGCGCACCGUUCAGACCAAACCGUAAGAAACUUAGGUUUUCCAUACAUUUUUUCGAUUUUUCCCAUACAAACUUCACCUCCGAGUAUCAAUGAGUAAAUGAUGACCGAUUUUGCUAAUAUUUGGCCCAGAGUCCUAAAAUAGAUCAAGGAACAAUAUUCAGCUUGUGGAGUGAGGUUUUGAAAAAAGACUUAUAUUCUGGGCACCCUAGUGGUGAGUCACUUUAAACCUCUUUUACGCAAAUGGACCGACGUUUUACUUUACCAUCCGAUAGAAGGCGUAAUCAGGCAAAUCUCGUCUCGAAAAAUGCCACCGGGUCCGUCUCGGGUUGAACCCAGGCCUGCUGGGGUAAGAGGCUACCACGCUAACCACUAAACCACCGGACCCGGCUGUUUUUCUGGUACUGAUAACCGAUUAAAAUGGUUGAUUUUGAUGUGCCUUUGACAAGGUAUCAUAGAGCUUUAUGACGUUUCGCGUACGCACACUAGCACACCAUUUGAUUUUGCUGCACCCAAAGGAAAAAUAUAUCUCAAAAUCUGCAACAGAGGAUUUGCUGCAGAAAAUGUCACAUUUUAUUACAUGUUUUGCAGCAAGCCCGUAAAUCAUUUUUGCCCGCGUGUAAACAUGUCAGCGAUCUGCAGUUCUCACCAACACAUAUAAUGCUGGCCCGUCCCCGAGCAACACUCCAAAGCGAAGGAUAUGUUGGUGCUCUUUCACUCACAUUUCAUCAAGCGUCCAUGGCGCGGUGGUAGCGUGUCGGAUCAAUAAUCAAGAAGUUGGUGGUUCGAUUCUCGUUCCGUUAAGGGUUUUUUUUUUGUGAAAUACAACCAAAAAGCCCUCGGUAAUGUCGAUAAUUGUCGGUAACGGGCAAAAAUGUCAUACCCCUACAUCGCAAAAAAUGCAUGAGGACCAGCCGUCCCCUAACAUGACAGUUUUCGUGAGUUGCGCAUAUCCACCGACAGAGUCCGUCCUUUAAAUACGCAACUCAAGAUUUGCAUGGGAAACUUUUCUUUCGUGACGGCUUUCGCGGCACGCUCCCUUCAACUGUUCGAGACUAGUAUUUUAACGUGGCGUAACUCUAAACAAGUUUUUCAAGAAAAUGAUUCCAGAAUGCUUACUUUGUCGUUUUAACCCGAAACAAAGCAAAAACUAUAUUAAUUUUAACUAUUCGCCAUUUUCAAAUGUUUAGCUAGAUAAUAUCGAAAGCCGCCAUCUUAGGCCCACUGGGCCCACAAAAAAAGGUACGCUCAGUUUGUAUGGGAGCUGUCAACAUGCUCCCGGGCUGAUGAGGACAGUUUUCAUGCAGAUUCUGAUAUACUUUCAUGCCGCCAUGCAUCACAAUCAUGCGACCGCCGUUUGGGUGUGGCUGACAAAAUUUAAUCUCACUUUAUUUUUGUGUACGUACACGCAAUACAUACGCACGUAGAUUACUCUAUUGUCAAGUAGAUUCUAAUAAUUGCCAGUAGAUGUAGCUAAUCAAUAAACCUUAUUUUUAAACCGUUCUUACUUGUUGAUCAUAAUUUUGCUUUAUUUUUUUUUUUUGCGGUAAUAAAAUCUCCUAAUAACACAAUAACACAUGUUUUUGAUAAUGAAACUGUAACAUUAUGUAACCUAUGUGUUUUUCUUUUGUAUUACUGAAAACCAAAUCUUAAUUUUCUAGUAAGUUUCCUUAUAUUCAACAUUUUUAAAAGUAACUCUUAUGACAACAUCCCAUUGUUCGUUCAAUUUUUUAUUAAUUUUUUUUCAAAAUUUUAGUCGAUACGUGGCCCGCGAGGGGAUUUUUUGUGGCCCGCGGACCUGUUUUGAAUUAUCGUGUAAAAUGGUCCGUUGUUCACUUGUAAAGUGAUUUUAUACUUUUUUUAAAUAAUGGCUUAAUUUAUACAUUUAAAUGCUAAUCUUCUAGUAAAAAUUAUCAAAACGUUCAUCAAACAUUUUUAGAAAUUCUGGCUAUCAGGAUUAAGGCAUACAAAUGUUGAAAUCGGAGGAAUAAGGCUGUUCCAAGUAUUUUACAAAGCUUUUUCGACAUUCCUCCUCUCCCCCCAUUAUCAAAAUUGGCUCGAAAAAUCAUGGGCAAAAAUAUUGUUUCAAAAAACUUCAAAAUAUCUAAAGAAAAUUAAGUGAUAUUAUCUGAAAUCAAUUAAAAAUGCAUUUCUUUGUGCUUAGAUUUUUUUGAGCAUGUUCUGGUUUAUUAAAAAACAAUUUGAUUUUUUUGUGCAAUUUAUAUGAUUAACUGUUUUUUCGCUAACAUGUUUUUUUUUGUCGAAUCUUACAUUUUAUGAAAAUAAUGAUUGCAAUUCAACUUUACGGAUGCUUAAAACAUUUUCUAACAUUUUUUUGUUGAAAUGUUGAAAUUCUGGCUCUCAACGAUGUUUUAUAAGUCACACUUCAUUUAAAGUUAAAACUACGCUGUUACAUGAACUAUGCAGAUUACAUAUCACCAUUUUUGAAACAUAAAAAUACUUUAAUUUUUUUAAUGAGAACACAAGUACCUUUAAUGAAAAACUAUUUUUUUAAAUACUUAAAAUAACAAAAUCAACUGUACCAAUAAAAAACAACUAUUUUGUGUUUUCUAUGUAUUAUUAUUCAUAUUAUUAUAUUAUUUGAUUUUUUUUAAAUGAAAUAAAUGCAGAAUUUUUUUUUUUAACUUCAGCUGAGUCUUUUAAAUAUAUAUAUUUUUUAAAUAUAUCUUUUUUUAUUAUUCUAUUUUGCAAAUUUGGCCCGCAAGCUCAUUUGAGCUUUAAAUUUGGCCCAUCCUCCAAAAACUUUGAGCACCCCUGCUUUAACUGUUGAAGAAGAGCAUAAAAAAUGAAGUGCUGGCGUUACUAAAGCAACAUAAGCUCCACAAAUCGAUCAUGUUUUGUUCUAUUAAUUUUCCUUCAUUGAAUAAAUGACUUUGAGAAGAUUACUUGAAUUACGCAGAAUUGGUAGAUAAAAGGAAACAAAGUCUGUCUGUCAAUCUGCAAGUGGUAUACGUGAUUCAAAUUUGGCAGUUGUUUAUGCUGAGUAGGCUGUGACUAGCUUGGAAAAAUUUACACUAUACCAGCGACAGAACUCAACAACCGACACUCUUUUUGGGCUAACAGGAUGUAUGGAGUUCCAACCAUGUGCCCCGGGCGCGCACCACCCGUAACGCCAUCCUCGCUUAAAAAUCUGGAUAGUUUUGAUAGAAGGAACCAGGGCUGCGGAGUCGGGUCGUAUUUCAAGCGACUCCGACUCCGGCUUUCUGGGAUUAGCCGACUCCGACUCCGACUCCGGCUCCGGCUUUCAGAUCCAACCGACUCCGACUCCGACUCCAACUCCGGCCCACCAACUCUAGCCGACUCCGACUCCGACUCCAGCUUUCAAAAAAUUGUUGGCUCCGACUCCGACUCCGACUCCACAUAUUUUUAAAUAUUUCAAAAGUUAGUUUACUAUUAUUUCGAAAACAUUGAUAAAUAGGAUUUAUUAAAAACUCUUUAAGUGAAAAAACCGGAAAAAAGUUUCUAGUUUCACAAGUUUUAGACGUUAUUGGAACAAAAAUAAAAAAAAACGCCAGUUUUGAAGACUUUUUCAGAAAAACAGUUUGGUAAGUAAAUUUGGAUUUAUUUAUUUAAUCUUAAAUUUUCAUUAAAUUGAUUAAAAGCUAAAAUAUUAAAUUGUUAUUUUUUUAAUGAUCAUUAAAAGAAAGCUGGCAUUAAUGAUUGAUUUAACAUAUAAAUUCAAUUUGCUCACUUUUAUGUUGACAUUUAUAAGCAGCACAGUGACUAUCAUAGUCACCUUGUAUUUUUAAAUAACAAUUUUAAACGAAACUAUUUUUUAAAGCUCCAUUGAAAUUUUUAAGACGUACAUGGACAUCACGCCAAGGCUGAAGAAGUUUAUUAUUACAAAUCAAUGUAUCUAAAAAAAUCUUCGUGGUAAGGACUAAGUGUCCUUUUCAAAUAUCCGUGACCUAGAAAAUAUUUUACCUCUGGAUUUAUUUGAGUUUUUAAUUUUUUUUAUAUAUUUAAAAGGAGGCGCGCGAUACUUCUUGCAUCUUCACCUAAAACGAAGCUUUAUGAAUGGUCGUGCGCCUCCAUGAAAAUAUAUGAAAAAACUUAGAAUUGGAUAAAAAACAAAAAUCCACAGGAUAAAUGGGUAAUUCUUUACCAACUCACACGAAAUCGGGAAAAGUUGCCCCGACCCCUCAUCGAUUUGCGUGAAACUUUGUCCUAAGGGGUAACUUUUGUCCCUGAUCACGACUCCGAGG